AUGAGCUAUCUCGCUCCAGGUGUAUUUCUCUGCGGGGCUAGUCAAUCAUACCUUCUCGCCAAUGUCCUGCGGCCUUCGUUUGAGCAUGUAUUACUUGCAGAAAACCCCUUGCAAUGUUAUGCUGCUCUUAAAAUCGGAGCUCCGUCUCAAUUCUCCAUUAGCUUGCGACAAAAGUUCAUGUCUGACUCGGUAGAUCAUAUCGAUGUUUUACAAUCAACAUUCUUCUCCCACAAUCCUCGCUUCAUUGAAAUGGUCGGCGCACGAUACGACAAAUUAAAGAAGUUUUGUCACGAUACUACCACUGAUGCGCCCGAAACUAUAACCUCCCUAUUCUUCAGCCCCGCAGCAAUUGUCCUACUGCAAAACCUCAUGGGUUUUCGGAACUCUUUGAACUCUUUGAUCCUUACGAUGAAACGAAAGGUUAUCAUAGAGUGGUUCCCCUCGAGGCUAUGGCAAUACUUUGCUCUAUUCCUUUUUUCUCUAUCAUUCGCAUGUGCAUGUACGCUCGCCAAAAGUUCAUUGGUAACUCUACCAGCCUCUUGGAGCUUCAGGAUUUUCUUUCAUUUGGAACAUGGGAAGAAAGCGAUGGUACAUGACGCUGAAUUUCGAAAAGCUUCUCCACGCAACAGCUGGCGAGGAGAAAAUAUGAAAAGGUCAACAAGACUAACGAGUAUUCCGUUAUUCGUCAACUAUGCGUUUAAGGUUGUGAAGGGGAAGAUAAUGGAACCAGAACAAAUAGUAGACGAGAUCUAG